AUGGCUUACCACGAGCGUGAUUUUAACUUCCGCGACAACUACUACUACUACGUGAAACCAACUGCAGCAGAAGCAAAGUUGAUGGACAUUCAAAACCUGUUGCGCUUUCUUCCUGAUACAGUAAAAGGCUGGUAUGAAGAACUGCUAGACAGAGAGCAGUCGCAGGACGGCCUACAGGAUAGCCAGCGGAUAUACGUGCACGGGGGCCGUCCGGUGGAGCGGGGUGAGUUCCCCUUCCUGGCGCUGCUCGAGAUCGCCUACGGAGAGGGCGUCAUGGCGUGCUCGGGCAGCAUACCCUCGCCCACCACCGUGCUCUCCUCAGCGCACUGCGACGUGGGCACCAUCACUGCCUACGCCGGGCUAGUUAACAACACUGAUAUGGACCUAGAGGAUGGUAAAACGCAGGCACGCUAUGUGGAGUCUGUGACAAAACCUAGCUACCCCAAGUUCUACGACAUAAUGAUCUGUUACGUGAACGAGUCGUGGAUAUGGAGCGAAUUCGUCGCGCCAAUCGCCCUCUAUCUCAACGAAACAAGCAUGCAGCCAUCGUUCGUGAUCGACUGCCAGGUGCUGGGCUUCGGGCAGACGAUGCCUGAUGGGCCGGUCGGUGUGGCGCACGUGAUGAAACAGCUGGUCGGCAGCAGCUCGCAGUGCGCGCACCUGCAUCCCAUCCUCUGGUUCUUCUCUUUCUGGAUGUGCUCCGUCGAUGUCAACAACAAGACAAUGUGCCAGGGAGACUCGGGCGGGCCUGUGAUGUGCUCGACAGCGACCGGCUUCAAGCAGUGGGCGGUGAACAUGGGCGUGGCUCCGGCCGAGAAGGAGUGCCUGCCGCAGAAGACGGCCAACGUGUACGUCAGCACCGCCUACUUCCGGAGCUGGAUCCUCGACAACAUUAGAGACUUGGCAUCGUGUGCUGGCAGCGUCCGGCGUGGCUCAAUACGAAUUUUCACGCGCAAGGGUUCCAGGCAGGAUACAUAG